ACGACAGCAAAAUGAUGAAAGAAUCGUCUCUCUUCAAAGCAAAGUCAAUGCUGUGGACAUCUCGCUACAUGUCUUGUUGUUUUUCUCAUGGGGCCAAGUCUCAAGCAGAAGAAGAUACUUGGACAAAGAAACUCAGAAUUUUGAGCUACCUUCAUUCCAUCUUUAAACAAGACAGGAAGUUGGACAUGGCAUUACUUGUCAGCAUUUGGGAAGUCGUUACGGCAGAACGCUACGGAGACAUUAUGCACGACUUGAUCCCCGCUUAUUGCAACAUGAUGGCAACUCAUACGGCAAUGUCAAAUCAUCCUGAUGCUAAACAGUAUGAAAAGUUGAGUCUGGAUAUCAUUCGAGAAGAAUUCGCUACCAGCAAUGAGCAGCUGGACCCCGCAGGACUGUUGACCACUGCGGGACUUUUUCAUGCAAUUGCCUACAGUCGCCUUUGUCGAGGAGAGAUUUUCCAAGCCUCAGAAGCCGCGUAUCUUGGGUUGAGAAUUGCUCAAACGAUUCAUGACAACAGUUUAAUGGUUCGCCUACUUCCUUCCUUGUCCAUGACAUUGCUCAUGGGGCUUCGAAUUCCAGAGCUAGUUGAAGCUCUUCAGAAACUUUGGUACAUUGCGGAAGAGGAGGAUGACUGGACAGCUAUGGCCGUAUACUAUGCACUUUGUUUGGACCUUCUCCUCCAAACCGCUUAUCCUUUGGAAUCAUUUUCCGCUUGCGAAAAUUUUGUGCUCAGCAACGACUGGUCGGCAGAAGGAAAUCUUUAUCGAGACUUUGAAGUGUUGUUUACAAUGGAGGCGUCCUUGGCAGUAUGGUAUGCUCGUUACUCGAGGUGGGAGCAGGCAACAAAAUGGCUGGCGGCUGCAGAGUCCCAUCGUCCAAAACUGUCAACUUUCCUUAGUGCAUCGGCCGAAUUGAAAAUGCUAGAGUGUCAACUAAUUUUUGUUAAUCAUUACUUGGAUUGCAAGCGUUACCAGCAUUUUGCUAAGGCAAGAAAUGCUGCAAAGGAAUUGAUGCGAACUGUAACAAAGUCGACCAAAGUGGCACCCGUGAUGAAAGCUAGGCAUCUGCAUUUGAUGGCAUUUUACUACAAAAUCAGGUCCAGAAACGUUGAAGCCGACAAGCACCUGAAACAAGCGGAAAAAAUUGCUACGUCCAUGAACAAUGAGUUGGAACUGCAAUGGAUCCUGCACAAUCGAGCCGUUUGGAGUGACAUGGCCAUCCCAACAAUCAAGUUCUUUUGGCUGGAACACACCGAGAAUCGCGUCUUGGAUUGGCACACUUCCGGAAAAAUUCCAUGGGCUAACAUCAUGUAUUCUCUUCCACUUCCGGCAUGGAAAUAAACCUCGCAAAAGGGAAUGUGCUGAAAUUAUUAAAAUAUUUAAAAUCUCUAAAUGUUGAACGAUGCAUGUAAUGUGGUAUUGUCAAAUUAUGAUCAUGAUCACCAACCAAAUUUAUUAAACAAUU